GAGGAUGUAAAUCCAGAAAUCCAGAAAAACUCUGCUGGAUGCUUUGAAUAAACUUGUUUGGAUGCAAUAUUCUCAGGAACACAGAGCAUUGAACUCAGAGUACUUUCAGCAUGAAACAUCAAAAUGAAACUGGAACCGCUUAUAAAUUCCUAAGAAACUUGGUGGUUUCCUUUUAAGAGAGUCACUCAUUUUCAAGUGACAUUAAGCUUUAAGAAGAUCAGCCUGAGGGCUGCGUUAUUGGUACGUGUUUUCAACUGACUGUGAGAGGUGGACAGCUGCUGCUAUCGUGCAAAUAUAAUAGAGCUACUUUGUCUGUAAAAGCUUGGGAAUCUUAGCUGCUACAUUGACCUGAUUCUUCCAAUGGUUGCAUAAAGAUCUGAUAUUCACCUGAGAAAAUGUUUGGAAUCGUGACAGUCCUGUUACUGGAAAUGCAGCUCUGUGCAGUUUCAGCUUUAUUUACAGUUGAAGUCCCUCAACAGCUGUACGUUGUGGAGUAUGGGAGCAAUGUGACCAUGGAGUGCAGAUUCCCAGUUAAUGGCUCAUUAAACCUUGGACUCUUAAGUGUUGUCUGGGAGCAGAGAAGGCAAGGUCAGCCAAAAUCGAAAGAGGUUUACACGCUUCGCAAUGGGAAGGCAUUCCUUUCAUCCCAGCAUCAUGAUUAUAUAGGAAGAGCAGCAUUAUUACAAAAUGAAUUGGAACUGGGGCGAGCUGUGCUUCAAAUCACCAGUGUAAAGAUCACGGAUGCGGGAUCAUACCUCUGUCUCAUUGACUACCAGGGAGCUGACUACAAGUAUGUUACUUUGGAAGUAAAAGCAUCCUACAAGAGAAUAAACACACGAAUAAUGAGAAAAUCAGAUGAAGAUCGGUUUGUUUUUAUGUGCCAGUCAGAAGGCUUUCCUCUGGCAGUGGUAUUCUGGCAAGACAAGAAGGACUUUAAUCUCAGUGGAUUUACAAAUACCACCUAUACCUUGACUGCAGAUGGCCUAUACAACAUAACCAGUGUCCUGACGUUCAAACCGAACAUGAGUGAGAUCUACAGCUGCAUGUUCUGGAAUAAAGAACUGAAUGAAAAGACAUCAGCUCACAUUUCCACGCUAGCUUUAAUGAGUACACGGUAUAACAGGCAAAAAUCACUGAUCUUAUUUAUCAUCCCCACGUGUGUGAUGGUAGCUGUUCUUCUCUCUGCAUUAAUAAUCUUUAAAAAGAGAAAAUCAUUCAAGAACUGCAAAGUCAAAAAAGGCAGGAAAAGGAAACUUUAUCCUAACCAGAAAGAUGAGAAUAGAGAAAAUUGUAACUCUCAAACUGAGGCUUUAUACUUGUGAACUGCCAGAGUACUGGGAGAAAGCAAGAACAUGAGUCUAUGAGAACUCUUCAUCUGAAAUGCCGUAGUUUGCACUUUUUGUAUCUAUUUUUGAGGACUUCAGGGGAAGGUUACAGCACUUUAGCUUUGGAAUGAACAAUGAAAUCAUGGGGAUUUGUUGGCACUGCAGCAAUGAAAAGCUGUGCCUUUUACGAUACUGUAUCUGAAAGUUACAGGGAAUUAUGCUGUCAUUAAAUGUGGUUUACCGUGGCGAAGGGGUUAUUCGAGUGCCUUUCAUACACUUUACUUUUGGAUAUACUAUCGCUCAAGGCAUUUUUGUUCAAGAAUGCCUUCAUUAGCUCGUCUAGUCUCAGGAAUAUUGCUUGGAUUAAAACAUCUUGCAGGACUUUGAAUAAAAGGUGUACAUGCUAUGUUAUGUUUGAACAGUCGUCUUUCAUGCAGAGAUAUUGUUACAUGCCUGGAUAUCAUGUCCAAACUUUCCACACUUGAAACUAGAAAUUUACACAAGUACUCACUAGCCAGGCAGCAUAUGGAAGAUGUUUCAUAUCACAAAGCCAACGAGAGGUUGGAAGUUAAAUCAUAGGACAGCCAACAAAGAUCCAACUCCAACGGUAAUCAACAUUACGUCAUAGAAGAAGAGUUUUAAUGCACAGGCUGUGCGAAACCUUAUAUAGCUAUUUCUAAUUUGUAGAAAUGUGGUAAUGUUAAGACAGUUUUAGGGAAGUAAAUAGCCAGGUAAAAAAAUAUGAAGUGCAUUGCUUUAGCGACAUGACGAUAAAAGGUUUUACUCUUGAGCUGAUUACUCAACAGAAUUUUCUUUAGGAGGAAUUUAGAAGCAAAAGUGAAAGUGAAGUUCUGCUAGAUUUCUCUACCACUUAUAUUUAAAAGGUAAUUUUAACUUUUUCUCAGAGGGAGAGAUGAGUCUUUUCAAUGCCAAGCAUUGAUCUGUUUUACUUCUCAUUACAGAAAUGCCUAAAAAUGCUUCAUUCAACUUUGAAUACACUUUGUGUAAGGAGUUACUUCUACAGUAGUAGAUCUGAAAAAAUAAACAACAGGAAACAACAACUUGGCAUCUCAGAUAGUCAUCACACAAUGAACCAAGGGCAUCUGGUAGGAUUUCGCAUAUUAUUAGUCAAGGGCGCUGGCUUUUGUGAGCCGUUUUCCCUUUAGAAAGAUGUAACGAGAUUGAAGAAACAAGUGUUCUCAUGGACUCUAUUUUGUCAUAAUGUCUUGGAAAAGUGCUGUCUGUUUCACUGUAAAAAGAAUCAUUACAGCAUCAAUGUCAAGAUUUUCUCCUUAGCAGUAGGUCUGGACUGAAACAUGGGCUGAUUCUCCAGUGUCUUGUGCAGCUAUUUAUCCCAACACAAAGUGGACCUACAGUGCUGCUAUAAGAUCACAAAGAUAGCAUUCGCAUCUCCUUCCGUUUUGCCAUAAUAGCUCAUACGAAAAAGCAUUACUGGUGUUGAUUUUACUUGUGGAAGAGAAGAAUAAGCAUUUCUUUAUAGUCACCGCUACUUCCACAUCUAUGUAUUGUACCUUUAAAUAUCCAGUUGUAGCCACCUGGAUUCAGCUGAGAUUAAUCCAGAUCAGACGGACUCCUUGCUGGCACAGCAAAUCAGAUAGGAUGUCAGGGAAUCAGAGGCAGCUUCUUAAAUCAUUGCUUAGCUUCAGCUGCAGUGUUGAGCUGCCUGGAGACUGCCCUAACUUGCACCAUCUAGCAACGCUCUGAAGUCAAUGUGCAGCAUGUUCCAGCCUCAAGCAGCUUCUCCCCAUGUCAGACUUGCACUCAGCUGGGAACUAUCAACCACUUCCAUUCUCUUAGCCAAUGUGAAAAAUCUAGCUUAUCUAGCUCAAGGACUUCAUUUUUGCUUUUUUCUUUCUUUCUUUCUAUUUUUUUUUUCCAUGUAAUCAUAAAAUGGAAGUAAUUCAAACUGGAUUGCUCUGUUUUUAUGGAGGAACAUAAAUAGUACACAGCCUCUGAAAUUUAGUUGCGGUGAAUAUCAUUGUUCCUUAUUGAAAUGAAAGUCCUCUUGACAUUAUCGUGCUCCGCUGAGUAACUUUUGACUUGCCGUGAGUAGGGAACAACUGGUGUGGGCAGAACUUGCUGCCCGCUUCACAGUUGUAACAACACUACCCUGGUUUCCCGUGCUCUAUAUACUGGAGGGUUUCACCUUGUGCUCUUAGGCAGAGGCAGCUCAGCUUUGCACUUCAACCUUGUGUCGUUGUCACUGCAUUUCACAUGCCAGAGAGAAGCAAUACUGCUAUUCGCUGUAAUACCUAUAAAAAUACCUAGAAAUGUAUUUUCAUUUGUAUGGUUGUAUUCUCAACAACUCUAACUGGAUGCUUAUGGGUGCAGUAAAAAGAAAGAAAGGAUGAUUCUUACAUCUUAGUAAGUGAAAGUUAGCAUGUCAGCUGCUUCUGCAAUCUAUAUUUGUCUGUGAAUUAAUGCAUGAGUUAUUUUUCACUGUGAACCAUUGAGCAUAUGAUGUGUGUGUGAUACAGUGAGUCUCUGUUCUUUCUGCUUCAGCUACUGUUUUACAAGCUGCUGUCUUGAAACAGCUGACAUAAGAGUUUUCUGAUAAAGUAUCUGCAAAAUGUUUGAAGGUCUUUUUUUAAAUAAUUUUGAAAUUUACAGUGAGUCAGCUAAUCUUAGGCCAACAUUAGGAAAAACUUAGUGUGUAGAGACAAGCUUUAAAACUUACAAUCUCAAACUGGCCUCUCAGUUGGGCAUAGUGGAUACUUUGAAUAGUAAGCUUCCAUUAUCUUUUUUAACACGUAUUUCCUUUAUUCACUUAUGUAUGUAAGCCAUCUCUCUACUGUAAAGAACAGAUCUAACUUCAGUUUGGCCUUUCUUUGUGUGGGCGUGGGGUUGUUACUAGGUGGCCUCCAGAGGUCCUUUCUAAACUCAAAUGUUCUUUGAUUAUAAAUUUGUAGUUCAAGUUUGUUUCCCUAUACUUUGUAAUUAGCUGUCUUAUAUACCCUGAUGAAAUAGUGGUUUGAAGUAAUAGCCUGAUAAUAAUGACUCCCAUCUCAUAUUCUGAUCUGACAUGCUGAUGUGCAUGUAGUCAAUUGGGCCUUGAAAUAGUGUAUAAUUAUAGGCAGCUCUCUGCAAUAUUUCACUGAAUUGUGCAGCUAUGUGGUAAAAAGUACCUGACAGAUAUAGAUGUACUGUGCAAAAACUGAUGAAAGCUGUCUUGAAAGAAGCACUAAUAGAGUUCAGAUGUCUUUUUUGCUAUUUUAUUUUAGGUUUCAUGUUUACGGCCUUUUUUCUGCAGCUGAGGUUUGUUUACUCUCAACCCACUUUCUUUAAUGGGCUUUUCCAAGAGAGAAGUGAAAUGUCUUUCAUGCAAAGUCUGUGUUAUAAACCAUAUUACAUAAGCAAAUAAAGUGA